AUGGCCCCUAAUGGAGGCGAGACAACACAUCCCUCCAAGAUCACCUUCUGGCGUAUGGUCUUUGAUCAAAAAGUCGUCACUGAGGAAGUAGUGCAAUAUCCAUACACAGGAUCAGGCACCGAAGAUGAUCCUUACUCCGUGGUUUGGAUCCCAAAUGAUCCACGAAACCCUAUGAACUUUCCUGCCACGAAAAAAUGGGCCAUCACACUCCUAGUUUCUUUUGUCACACUAGCCGUCUCACUAGUAUCAUCCGCUUUUUCUGGUGGAAUGAGCCAAAUUAUAGAAGACUUUGGAUCGCCCGAAGAAGUCGUCAUCUUAGGUGUCUCGCUAUUCGUCCUGGGUUUCGCUAUUGGUCCAUUGAUCUGGGCUCCUCUCAGUGAGAUUUUCGGUCGUCGCCAUAUAUUCACCAUUUCGUUCAUGUUCUUGACUGCAUUCAACGCUGGCGCGGCGGGUGCUCAAAACAUCCAAACCCUCAUUAUCCUACGUUUCCUAGCAGGAUCAUUUGGAUCUUCACCAUUUGGUAAUGCAGGUGGCACUAUUGCAGACAUGUUCCCAGCCUCGCAGCGUGGAAUUGCCAUUUCUCUAUUCGCUGCGGCACCAUUCCUCGGUCCUACCCUUGGCCCAGUUAUCGGCGGCUUCCUAGCCACCGGCGCAGGCUGGCGCUGGGUGGAGGGUUUCCUCGCAGCAUUCUCCGGCGUUCUCUGGCUUUGCAUCAUCUUCCUCCUACCAGAGACAUACGCCCCAGUCCUCCUCCGCCGCCGAGCAGAGAAACUAUCAACCUUGACUGGCAAUGUUUACCGCAGCCACCUCGACAUAACCCGCGGCCCAGUCCCAAUGACGCAAACCCUAAAAACAGCCCUAUCCCGCCCCUGGAUCCUCCUCUUCCGCGAGCCAAUCGUCCUUCUCUUCUCAAUCUACAUGUCAAUCAUCUACGGCACCCUCUACAUGCUCUUUGCCGCCUACCCAAUCGUCUUCCAACAAGUCCGCGGCUGGUCCGAAGGAAUAGGCGGCCUAGCCUUCCUAGGAAUCCUCGUGGGAAUGGUACUAGCGGUAGCAUACACCUUCCCCGAGAAUUUCCGCUACGCCAAAAAAUGCGCCGAAACAACCGACCGACUCGCGCCUGAACUCCGCCUUCCCCCAAGUAUGGUCGGUGGCAUAGCCCUGCCUAUUGGCCUGUUCUGGUUCGCCUGGACCAAUUCACCUAGUAUCCACUGGAUGGCCUCGGUAGCAGCAGGUGCACCAUUCGGCUUUGGAAUGGUUCUUGUCUUCCUCAGCGUGUUCAAUUACCUCAUCGACUCCUAUACCAUCUUCGCUGCGUCUGUGCUGGCAGCGAACUCCGCUCUCCGCUCUCUGUUCGGCAUGGCUUUCCCUCUGUUUACUACCUAUAUGUAUCAAAACCUAGGGAUUCACUGGGCAUCUUCGAUCCCGGCAUUCCUCGCGCUGGCAUGUGUGCCCUUCCCAUUCAUCUUUUACAAAUAUGGUGCCCAAAUUCGGAAACGCUGUACCUACGCCGCUGAAGCAGAUGCAUUUAUGCAGCGUCUUGCUCAGAAGAAUCAGGCGCAGAUUGAGGUGGAGAACAAGAAAGAGGAGGAGUCUGAGAAGACCGAUCCGAAUGCUAUUUUGCCGGAUGAUGUUGAUUCUAGCGAUGAUGAUACUUUGUCGACUGUUCCUUCACGGACUACUAUUGCUCGGCAUGCUUCCCGUGCUUCGAGGCAGUCUGGUCGCUCUAUGCAUCGUGUUGCUACUGCUACGCAGUAUGAGGAGAAUCCUUAUGAUUUGGAUUUGGUUAAUACGAAACAGUCGGUUAUUAGUGGACAUCGGAAGGAUUGA